AUGCCUGUCCCAAAUUCGAAUGAAGAACCGCCACCGCAACCUCAAGCGGAGGCAGGUGAUAUUGAGACAGCCCCUGUACUGGACGCGGAGUUACUGACAGCUCUUGGGGAGGCCACAGACGAUGCUCCAAAAUAUGGCGAAAAUAUCCAUCCCGACUUGGCACAAAGAUGGUUACCUAUAUUACGUAAAGGUAUGGACAAAGAAGCCAAGGACAAACUCAUAAAAGAGUACAGUAUACCAGAAAACUGUAAAUUAUUAAGAGCACCGUCCUUAAAUGCCGAAAUCUCUGCGGCAGUUACAGACAUAGCAAGAGGUCGCGACAAGAAAAUCGAAGCAGAACAACAGCAGUUAGGCGUUGGAUUAUCUGCUAUAAACAGAGCCAUGACCUUACUUCUAACGACCGAUGAUAAACAAAGUAAGGUACAAGCGAUAAAAAUCCUAUCUGACGGAUGUCGGAUUUUAUCUGACCUACAUUACUCAGAAACGCAGGCCAGAGUAAAACUGGUCACUCCAGGAUUAGACAAAGUCUUUCUCAAUCUGAUUCAAGAUGUCGAGAGAGACGAGACCCUCUUCAGCAGUAAGCUCUCAGAAAAGAUUAAGGCAUCAAAGGCGAUCGAAAAACAAAGCUCUCAGAUUAAAAAGACAGUCACGACCCCAGCCAGCUCAAAUACAUUUCAGACUGCAGGUCCAUCGUACUCUCGGUACCGGGGAAACUGGACGAGGCCCGCUCGCUUCCAACCGACGAGCCGACGAGGGCGCGGCGGGCCACGCUGGAGCACGCCGGCAGCUUACAGACCGGCAGCGCCGACCCCCGCGCAGCCGCAGCCCAAGACAGCUUACACCAGGCCACGUGCGAAAGCGCGACAGUAA